AAAUUGUAAAUGGUGAGUAAUUUGCAAUCCAUGCCAUUUGUCUAAUUAAUUUAUCUCUCAAAUCUGGUAAAUAUUCGCAUUUGUUCCAACAUUGCUGUAAUAUUAUCUCUCACAAUUUCGCUUUCUUGUCCAAAUUCAACCCAAGACCAGACUAUGCUGUUAUCUCGCAGUUAUGGAGCUUGGCUUGUCCUAUUCCUCCUCAUUUCACCCGCCUUCAUUGCUCCUUCCAUGUCUCAGCUUGAUUCCCCUUGGGCUGCUAAGAAGAGGAACAUGAGAGAGAAAGUUAGAAAAAUGUUCUAUCACGCAUAUGAAAACUACAUGAAACACGCGUUCCCGCAUGAUGAGUUGAAGCCUCUUACCAAAAGCUUCACAGACUCUCUUAGCGAGCUUGGAAAUUUAAAGCUUCAACACUUGCCGCGAAACUAUAAUGGAUCUGCCCUUACACUUAUUGAAUCAUUGUCCAGCCUUGUUAUCAUGGGAAACAACACAGAAUUUGAAAGGGCAGUUACAUGGCUAUCUGAAAACCUGACUUUCAACAUUGAUGCCAGGAUAAAUCUUUUUGAGUGCAACAUAAGAGUUCUUGGAGGACUUAUUUCUGCUCAUAUUCUUGCAACUGAUUCCACAAACAGGUUGGUUCAAGGGUGUUACAAAAAUCAGCUGCUUAAUCUUGCUGAAGAUUUGGGGCGCCGCUUUUUACCUGCUUUCGAUACACCAACUGGGUUACCAUAUGCCUGGGUUAACUUAAAGUACGGAGUAAUGGAGGAUGAGACGCCUGAAACAAGCACUUCAGGGUGUGGUUCUCUGAUUCUUGAAAUGGGAGCAUUGUCACGAUUAACCAGUGACCCCAGAUACGAAUCUGCAGCUUUACGUGCUCUACGAAAAUUAUGGAGCAUGCGCAGUUCCUUAAAUCUACUAGGAACAACACUAGAUGUAACAACUGGAGAAUGGAUUGAAUAUUCAUCUGGCAUUGGUGCUGGGGUUGAUUCAUUCUAUGAGUAUCUGUGCAAGGCGUAUAUUCUUUUUGGAAAGGAGGACUAUUGGAGAAUGUUUCAUUCUGCUUAUCUUGCAGUACAGAAGUAUUUCAGACAUGGUCCAUGGUACCAUGAAGCUGAUAUGAGGACAGGAAAAGCAACAUAUUGGCAACUUACAAGUCUUCAAGCCUUUUGGCCUGGUUUACAGGUUCUUGUUGGGGAUAUUGGAGCUGCUAAUUCAUCACACCGUGAAUUCUUUUAUGUAUGGAAGAAAUUUGGAGUUAUACCGGAAAGGUAUUUGUUGGACCAUCAGAUGUUACAUCCUACUGAAAAGUAUUAUCCCCUGCGGCCGGAGUUGGCAGAGUCCACAUUCUACCUCUAUCAAGCAACCAAAGAUCCAUGGUACAUACAAGUUGGCGAAUCAAUUGUCAAUUCUCUUAAUUUGUACACCAAAGUAAAAGGUGGUUUUGCAAGUGUUAGAGAUGUGACAACAAUGCAAUUGGAAGAUCAUCAACAUAGCUUCUUUCUCGCUGAAACGUGUAAAUAUUUGUAUCUUCUUUUUGAUGAUUCUUUUUUGGUUGAUCGGAAUUAUAUUUUCACAACCGAGGGUCAUCCUCUUCCAAUAUUAAGUUCUUGGCAUGAGAAGCUUCCGGAGGCAUACAUUCCUACCAAUUGGACUUAUGCAAAGAGUGAACAGCAAACAAGACGUGCAAGUGCGAUGUCUCGACAAGUCUGUCCUGCAAUAGCUUUGAGAUCAGGAUAUGGUGUCCAACAGGUUGAGAGUGCAUGCCACAUCCCUGAUUCUCGUGCCGAUCAUAGGUGUUUCAGUGAUGAGGAAUGUGGAAUUGACUCGAGUACGUGUAGAAGAAGAUCAUGCAGCAUGGCUGGUUACUGUGGGUUGUGGAUCCAAUGAUCACUGAAAAUCAAAAGCAGGUAUUCUUUCUAGCAUAGACAUAAAUACAUUGAAAUUACUCUACAAAAAAGUUAAAAAGUAUUUCCUCAGUUUGUAAACUAGUUAUGAAAGAUGAAACAGAAAAAGCAAGCUUAGAAACACAUGUUGUAGCACUUGCAAGAUAAUAUGGAUAUGCAUUGUCACCUAAUUUUCCUUCAGGAAUUAGCUAUUAGGCUACCAUAUUGUCCCUGAAUCCAUUAUCCAAUAAAUACAACCUAUUGGUCGAUGCUUUUUCUUUUCUUUUAUUCAUUUUUUGAGGUUUAAUAGUGUGUAGUCAAUAUUGAACUGGUAUCAUUGUAAAAGUUUAAACAUUAUCAAUAUCGUACUCUUUUGCUCUUUGUAUUGAUCUGAACCGACCAUAGCUGUCAAUAUUAGUCAAUACUAAGUAAAGGAUUUUGAUUUUUCUUUUUU